AUGUUCUUCAAGUCGCUGGAUCUGACUACUGCGCUCAGACCAUUGCUGUUACCCGAUGAGAUUCUUCUCUUUGUCCAGGACGCGGUAGGGUUGUAUGAAGGGAAAUACAAAAUCCAGAAUUAUCAAAAUGGCCACGCCUAUCUUACAUCGCACAGAGUGUGCUAUGUUGCAGCUGAAGACCCGCGGAAGUACUCAGUGGCCAUUGAUCUAAAAGAACUCGACCGAGUGGAGUCUCAGGCUGGCUUUCUGAAAUCAUCUCCAAAAGUCACCCUAUACUCCAAACCGCAGAAGAAGAAGAAGACCGAUAAGUCGAGGAGCGCAACAGCAAGCCCAGCCGUAGCCCAACAAUCGGCCCUUCAUCCAACACAUUCAUUUUCUCACAUUCCACAAACGAACCUACCACAGAGCUCACCAUCUCCGAAGACUAUAAGUGCUACUUGGAUCUGUCCCAUAUGCUCAUUCUCCAACCCGGUUCCGUCCAAUUUCGACCCCGCAGCGGCUAGUGCGGCUACAAAUUUGCCUCCUUGUCUAGCAUGUGGCAUAAAACCACCAUUUACGACCGUUCUCAAAGCAGCAAUUAAUGCUGUAACAAACCGGGAGAUUCCGUUGCAGAAUUCAGUUGCAUCACCAGCCAUUCUACAAGAUACAGGCCAACCAAAUGCCAAUGUGUCACUAUCGCCUUUGGGGUCCGGUGGAACUGUCUCUUGCUCGCGAUGUACGUUUAUGAACCAUCCGUCUCUCGUGGAAUGCGAGAUCUGCGGAGCGCCUCUAUGUGCUGGCUCCCCAGCGAAUGCCAGUCGUGUGGACUCCCCUGCACCUUUAUUUGAGCAAUCACACAUCGCGAAUACGGAGGCUACUGAGUGUAUUAAACUCUCAUUUCGUGCAGGUGGCGAUAAGACAUUCUAUGAAAGACUUAAGGGAGCCUUGGUGCAAAGAAAAUGGCUUCUGCAGAAUGCGCCCCCUGUACCUUCGCCGUCGCACGGCGCCUCAGGGGGCCUGCCUUCCCCUGCCCCUAGCGUUGAAAGUCCUCUGCCCUCAGUACCACGAACUUCCGGGGUUGGUAUUGCGGGAUUAGAACGCAGAGGGCUUGAAGCCCGAAGGAAAAAUGAGCUGGUUAUAGGGAACGCCUUUGAAGACCUGGAGGCGUUGAUGGCCUCUGCCAAGCAGAUUGUUGCGCUAGCCGAAACGCUGGCGCGUGAGUCUGGCAUAACUACUAAUGAAGGUUCAUUAGAAACCAGCGCGGUGCUAUCUGAGUCCGCUGCUGCUCUGGGGAUGGUGACAACCAAAGACAUGCUCAGUUCUGGAUCUGAAAGUCUAUAUCUAUCAGAACUUGCGCGCGACCUGGCCGAGUAUCUAACCGAUGACCGAAAAGGCAUAUUGCAGCGUGAAGGCGGGAUCAUGAGUUUAAUUGAUCUCUGGGCUGUCUUCAACCGGUCCCGCAAUGGAGUAGAGUUGGCCAGUCCUUCGGAUUUUCAGAAAGCAGCUGAGCUGUGGGAAAAGCUUAAGUUACCAGUUCGUCUACGACGAUUCAAAAGUGGUCUUCUUGUGGUGCAGCGAUAUGACUGGAGCGACGAGAAGACCAUUGAAAAACUUCAGACCUGGAUGGAAGAGCUCAGGCGAGUUCCCCCUGACGACCCCGUUCCGUGGGAUUGGUCCCUCUUCGGUCGGGCGGUCACUGCCCGAGAAGCUGCGCAUCGAUUUAAGUGGAGUGUUGGGGUAGCUGCCGAGGAACUGGAGAUGGCUGAAGACCGAGGGGUGCUCUGCCGAGAAGAAGGAAUCGAGGGUCUGCGCUUCUGGCGCAACUAUAUCUCAUCCCCUGAGUAUGAUGAUAUCUCUCGCCUUGUUAUCUAA